CCCGCAAGAUGACCAUCAACACCCUGGCUAAAGGAGGCUGGCACCGGGAUCAAAUGGCGUGCUUUCGGAAGAUGGAGAAAGUGAUUGUGGCCAUGCAGGACCCUGACAUGGGCAUGAAGAUGAGAAACCAGAGGCUCCUUAUCACUGUCAUUCCACAUGCCAUGACAGGCCAUGAUAUGAUUGCCUGGUUGAUCCAGAAAUACUGUAUCAAUGAGGAGGAGGCAAUGCACCUUAGUGGGAUGCUGGUGAGAUACGGGUACAUUUAUCCUCUCAAAGAGCCGAGAUCUCUCGUGUUACGGCCUGACGAGUCGCCCUACCGCUUCCAGACUCCUUACUUCUGGACGAGCACCCGGUGGCCUGCAUCAGAGCUGGACUAUGCAAUCUAUUUGGCUAAAAAGAACAUAAGAAAACAAGGAGAACUGAUGGAGUAUGAAAAGGAGAGGUACAGUCUGUUACACAAGAGGAUCAACCACACCUGGGACUUUGUGGUGAUGCAAGCCAGAGAGCAACUCAGAGCAUCCAAACAGAGGCGGAAGGCUGACCGCAUUGUUCUAGAAUGUCAGGAGCAGGCCUACUGGCUCAUCAACAGACCCCCGCCUGGGGCAUAUGAUGUGUUGGACAUGGGUCUGGAGAGACCAAAUAACUUCAGCGUACGAGUUACACUGAACUAGAACAGUGACCACUACAAAGGCGAGCUGGAAACCUGUCGAAGGGCCCUUGGAAGAAACCGUGUAAAGUCAUCCAUCUGCCUAGAAGGUUUUGUGAAUUACAGCGAGCAGUACCUGAACCACGACCCCAUUAUGCAAGGCUGCCUCCCCAGUAACCCCUGGAUCUCUGAUGACACCGCACACUGGACAAUGAAUUCAGAAAUGGUGCCUACACCAACACGUCUGAGGGUGGAACGCUGGAGCUUCAGCUUCAUGGAGCUUCUCAAAGACAUCAUGGGGAGGCGGGAGUUCAUGACGUACCUGGAGAAAGAGUUUAGUGCGGAGAACCUGUGUUUCUGGCAGGCCUGUGAGGAUAUAAGGCAUGGAGAAAGUUCCAGGAUCAUAGAGAAAGUGGAAGAGAUCUACAAAAACUUCCUGGCUCCUGGAGCUGCUCGUUGGGUCAACAUCGACAGUAAGACGAUGGAUAAAACUCUAGGUGGGAUCAGACGACCACAUCGUUUUGUCAUGGACGACGCACAAAUGCACAUCUACUUUCUCAUGAAGAAGGACUCUUACCCGAGAUAUCUUAAGUCUGACCUCUAUAAGAACAUGCUGGCCAAAGCUGUUGUCCCCCAGGAGACAAAGAAAAGUGUGUUCCCCUUCAUGAGACGCCAGCGUCACUCCAGCCCCUCCCCCGCUCAGGCUGUCAUCCAGGCGACAGAAGAAGACGGGAAUGCCAAGGGGGCCGGACAGGCAGGUACCAACUCUGCAGCCGGAUCCCAUGUCUGAUGUCGGGCCCCAAACAAAAAACCUUAGACGCAAUCUCAGCAUCCAUUGUCUCUGUUAGUAACCACCCAAAUACUUUUUCACUUAAAAGUAAAACUUUCUGUGUGAAGGCAGAACUUUUCAUUCAGCGCUGCAACAUUACAUUUCCUCCCCGAGCACAGGUGUUAAUGCGUUUCUCAGCAGCAUUACAUCUAAUUCUCAGAGCACAGGAAGUAUAGCCAUUCUGCAUCUACAUCCCAUCUCAGUCCUGCUGUUUUUGAUAUUGACUUCUAAUACCAAGUCUUCCUUUCUGCCUCUAUAGCCUUUUUAUAGAAUCUACUCUGUCUCUCAUAAGCAGGUUUAGGCAAAAGGGUUGUUUAUAGACCAUUAGAGAUGUAAAAUAUGUAUUUAGUCAAAACUUUACCUCAGCAUACUUUUGAUUAUCGUACAGUUUGCUGGAUUUGUUCAUUCCAUGCUGGAAAAUACUCAUUUGUCUCAGU